UGCUGAUAACAAACUUCUCCCUAAACGUUCUUCCCCCUCCUAUCCCCUUCCUCUUUCAUUGUUUGCAUUUUAUUUUCCGCAGUAGUUCAAGUUCUCCUAACAGGUGCAUUAAAAGAUAUGCGAGGCGAAUAUUACUUUUUAACAUUUUAAUUUUGAAACCUUAAGAUGGCUGAUAAUGAUGGAAUCAGACGAUUAUUUAAUACCGUUCUCCAUGAAGAAAUUCGAUAUCAUCAGCUUAAUCACGACAGAAUCCGAAAUGGAAUUCAAAACAUGAAAGAGGUUUACAAACCCAAUCCUACGAGUUUGUCUUCUGAUUCUGUGGAUGUCGCCGAUUAUAAUGAUCCUGCCCAUAGAUGUGCUUAUUUACAUAAAUAUGCCCCGUUACAUACAGCUCUUGUAAGCGAUAUGCUUGGCAAAUCGAUGCAACAAGUGAAAUUUAUAUUACAGGAAAUAAUAUUAGAUACGGGGCGUAUAGAAAUUUGUAGUUUAGGUGGAGGACCCGGAAGUGAUAUACUUGGUGUGAUAUCUGUUUUAUCUGAAGAGUUAGGAUUUUUUCAGCUGAAAGCCACAAUUAUUGAUUAUAUGGAUAAAUGGAAAUACACAUUUGGUGCUAUAAUUAGGGAAUUACGUUGUGAGAAUUAUGGAUUAAUAAGUGAAUUUGUUCAGCCUCAAUAUUUCAGUUGGAAUUACAUAGGGCAUAAUUUAUUAGGAAAAAUGUCCAAUGAUGUAAAUAAGGCCAUCCACAGAGCAAACUUGAUUACUAUGGUUAAAUUUGUGUCAGCUGCUGCCUGUAAAGAUACUGCUGAAAUGGUUAAGAAAAUAUUUAGAUCUCUCAAGCCUGGAGCUUUAGUUCUGUUCAUCGAUAACGAUGCUGGAGGAUUUUACAAAGUUGUGGUUAAAGGCGCCCAAGACUGCGAUAUGGUAACAGUAUUCGGACCUCUUAUUCACGAACGUUAUACAAACGUAACCUUUAACGUUCAGAGAUUCGGUUAUACACCCUGUUUAGAGACAACAGUCACAGUCCACAUGUGGAUGAAACCGAAUUAUAAUAGACCCGACAUUUUGUCUGCUGCUAAUCUGGGAAAUAUCACCAACAACUUAAGUCAAUAUAAUAUUUCAAAUACUAAUGUUUAUGUACAUGAGAGUAAUAAUUUUAACGUCCCACAUAAUAAUCCGCGCCGUAAUCAAAGGCGACAAAAUACUGGAAAUCGAUCAUCCUGCUUACCUGUUCAAAGACAACCUCAAUAUAAUAGAUUGCACGAUGAUACUUCUGAUGGCGGAUAUGAAAACGUAAAUGAGGAGGAGAAUGAUAUUGAUUGUAAUAAUUGCUGUGUUAUUUCGUAAUUUUCAGACGAACUACUCAUUUUAUGUAAAUCGGUUUUUAAAUAUAAAUUUUUAGUAUUUUUGUCAAUAAUGGAUUUACAUUAGAGGUCGUAACUUAAUAUGGUAUGUUAAGUGAGGGGGGAAAAAACUAUUAGAAUCUAUCAACUUACUACUUUGAAGACGAGGCGGAAAACUUCAAAACCUGUUUAAUUGCAGGGGGAAGUAAAGAAGAGGUGAUUAUAAGAAAUACGUAGUUGUUUCAAGUUUUGAUGUUUUUCAACCCUCUUUCCUCAUUAGUGGUUUGAUAGACUUUUUUUAUCCCCACUUUUGACUUAAUGUGCAUAGUAUACUUCUUUUACUCGAUUUUUGUCAAGGAUUUUAAAAAUAUAUAUUUAAAGGGUAGUGAUUGUAAAACAUUCUAUAUAGGAUGUAUUUUUCUUUUCUUUUUUCAAUGAAACUUUCUAUUUUGUAUUUUUGCUACCAUAAAUACUUAAUUUGUCAAUAUGUUAAAUCGUAAAAUUAUUUGACGGCUGUGCAUUUAUUUUGGUAUGCUUGUAAAAGAUUUUAUAAAAACAUAUUUUUAUUCUAAUUUUUGUAUAUGUAUAAAGAAGCAUGUUUGAAAAUCUUAACAAAAUAAGUAAAAAAUAGUUAGAUACGACUGAAACGACUAGAGUUUUGCACUGAAAUAAAAGAGCAUCACGAUGGAUUU